CAAAUGCAGAUAUUAAAAAUUUAGUACCAAUGUUUCUUAGUACAAUCUAUGCACAUGAUCCAGUUGCUUCAUUACUUAAUCUUGAUUCAAAUACAUUAAAAUUUGCAAAUCCAAUGUCAGUAUUUUAUUUGGAUAGUCCAUCAAAAGAAUUAGUUGAACAAAUUGUUCAAGGUUCACAAAGAUUAACUGCAGCACAAGUACCUGAAUUUGUUGGACUUGCUGCAACUGUUCUUAAAAAAUAUAAAGCUCGACAAGAAAAUAAGAAAGAUGCUCAUAUGAAAAUUAAAGAUUUUCAAAGAGCUAUUUCAAAAUUUUUAAACAAUCCUACUAAAGAUAAUAGUCAAGCUGUAACAGCUACAUUAUCUGCAUAUGCACAAUUAGGUUUAUAUGAUGAUCAAGUACGAAAUUUAGCUUCUAAUGAUCAAGCACCAUUAGAAAUUCAAUAUCAUGCACUUAAUGCUAUUCGUCAUAUGUGUGAUCAUUAUAUUGAUGAUAAUAAUGAAUUAAAAAUUCGAACUGAUCUUCAAAAUCUUUUAUUACGUAAACUUCAAAAUAAAUCAAAUAAAAAUGCUGUACGUGUAUGGGCAUUUGAAGCAUUAUAUACACCAUUUAUUUUCAAUCCAGAAGAAAGUGAUUCAACAUUAUCUGAUGAUUUAGAAAAAGCACUUUCAAAUAUUCUUAAUGAACCACUUAAUCAGGUAAAUGGUUAUAUUUGGUCAGUAUUAAAAUAUUCAUCACUUAAUCGUCUUUGUCCAUUACGUGGUCUUGCUGCUCGAUUACGAGAUCAUCAUGAUAAUAAAAAACAAUUUUCUGAACAAGCAACAUUAUCAUCACGUCAUAUUGAAGUUGAAUUUUUACUUCGUCGAAAUUAUCAAGCUGUUAUUCAUUUUAGUGUUGUAUUUGAAAAUGAUCGAGCUGUUCCAUCAUUUAUUUCAGCUAAACUUGCAUUUGAUGGUGUUCGACGUGAAACAUUACGUUUACCAUGGUUUGAUGGAGCAUUAAUUAUUGAAAAUCUUGAUUGGAAUGUUGCUGAUUAUUUCUUACGAUUAGAUCCAUUAAAUACUAAUAAAAAUGUUGAUGAUAGUUAUAAAGAAAAAACAAAAAAUAAUUUACCACCUAAUAUAAAACGACUUCAAAAUACUCAUGAUCAAAAAGAAGAAGAUCCCGAUCCAUCUGUUCAUCUUUAUGUUAAAUUAUUUGGUGCUGAUAUUCGUUCACGUGAUGUUACAGAUAAAGUUCAAGAUCUUCUUCGUAGUAAUAUACGUACAUUUGUUCGAAAUCAACUUUUAAAUAGAUUAAAAGAACUUGCUGGAAAAACUCCCCUAUUUCGUAUACCAUUAGAAAUAGGUGCUGCAUCGGCAGCUGCAAAUGGUUUAACAUUAUAUAAAGCUGCUCAAAUUGGUGUACUUGCUGAUUUAACAACAGAUUUUAAAGAUACACGUGAUAGUAAUGGUUUAGGAAUGUUUCGAUUAAAUAGUCGAUCAGCAUUGAGUUUUUCAUUAACACUUCAACGUGAAGUAUCAUCACCAUUGACAACUAUUGGUGAAACAAUUCAAAUUGGUGCUCUAUCCAAUGUUCCAUUUGAAUAUUCAAUUGUAGCAGAAAAAGAUGGACGAACACGUGAAUUUAAUCUUCCUAAUAGUCAAUCAACACUUCUUGCUACUGAUUUUCAAUAUUCAUUACGUACAUCAAAUGGUCUUAAAGUUGUUCCAAAUCCUAAAUCGGCUAGUAUCGAUCCAUCAUGUACAUCAAACAUGGUUUAUUAUGCAUUUGGUGUUCGAGCAUGUUUAGAACUUAAUCCAUUCCGUUCAAUUCAACUCGGCACUCGACCAACAUAUCCAAUGACUAUAACUGUUAGUAAAGAUGCAUCAAUUAAAAAAUGGCGUGUUGGUUGGCGUUUUAAUGCUCAAGAUGCUCCACAAUAUGAAGUUGCUGUAGAAAAAGUUGGUACAACUGGAACAUAUCCUGGUUUAGGAGUUUCUGCAACAAAAACUGGCAAUCAAUUUGAUAUUAAAGUUUUAACAGGCAUGAAAUCUUUUACUGUUAAAGGUACACAAACUGGUAAUAAAUUUGAAGGUACAGUUUAUUCAAAUGAUAAUAAACAAGUUAUGACAACAUCUGGUACAUUAACUAUAAAUAAUGAUGGAUUUAAAUUAGAUAGUAAACUUUUUGAUAUUUCAAGUAAAAAAGAAGUUUUAACAUUAAGAACUGAUGUAUUACCAAAUCGUGGAAAUGGUCUUACAACUAAUAUUGAUUUAGUAACAACUGAUAAAUCGAAAUCAGUUAAAAUUCAUUUUCGUGGAGAUUUAUAUAAACCAGAUUCAAAACUCUUUCAUAUUGAUGGAAGUUUUAAUCUUGGUGAUAUAAUGUAUAAUGGUAAAGCACAUUUUGAAUCUGAUAAUGCUCAUACACGUAUUGAAUUACGUCGUUUAAUUAAAUAUGGUAAAAGUUCAGCACAAAGUGGUCAUGAUUUUGUUUAUGAACGUAAAAAUAAUGUAGGAAAUGCACAAAAUAAUUAUAAUAUAGCAUCACAUCUUUCAUUACGUACACCAACACGUGAUGAACCAAUGAAAGUAUUUGAUUUUAAAACAGAUUUUACUCGAACAAAUGAUUUAUCAAAUGCAACAAUUCAAAGUUCACUUGAUUUAUUACUUAUGACACGUAAUCCACCAGUACAAGAAAGAAUUGAAUUUGAUUAUAUGAGAAAAUCAAUUAGAAAAAAUAAUCAAGCAAGAAGUUUAAUAUCACCUGAAGGAAAUUUAAAAAUUCAAGUUAAAACAAAAUCAAAUGUUUUUAAUUUUCUUUUGGAUCAUCAACAUCGACGAACUGCAGAAGCAUCGAAAAAAGGACCUGUAACGUUUCCACCAACAUUUAAUAUUGCUAAUAAGAUUCAUAUCAAUGCUGAUACAGAUAAAUUACUUCCUGAUAUUCCACGUCCAUUUGCUUUUGAUAUUUUAUCUGAUCUUGAUUUUCAAUUACUUAAUGAAAUUAAUUAUAAAUUUCAAUAUGAAUGUCGUCGUCGUCAAGCUUCAGGAUCAUUUACAUAUCAUGCUCAAGUUGAUAAAGUUACUGAUGGUCAUUUAUUUUCUGGUACAAGUAAAUCUGAAUUACAAUGGAAUAAUAAACAAAAUAAAGCAACAUCAAUGGGUAAUUUUGCUAUUUGUACACAUUCACGUUCAUUAAAAACACAUUGGGAUAUAAAUACAAAUCUUGUUCAAGAUCGAAAUGAUAUGGAACUUGAUAUGAAAAUACGUUUUGAUCGACAACCUAAAAAAAGUUCACCAAAAUCAUUAAUUAUGGUAUAUGAUAUUAAAUUAAAAGCACCUAAACAUCAAUCAUUUCAAUUAAUUGAUAUUGAUGGUAAUUUAACAAGACAAAAUGGUAAAUUAGAAACAUUUAAUUCAGUUGCUUAUCGUGUUGAUAAAAAUUUAACUGAAAUGAAUUUAAAUGCUAUAAUUAAUCGUAAUCAAACUGGUGAUGGUACAUUACAAACAAAUAUUGUUUUAUCAUUACCAUUUAAAUAUUUACCAUAUAUAACACAUUCAUUAAAAUUAAAACGAUCACCAACAGAUCAACGUACAAAUUAUAUUGAAUCAAAUUUAAUUGCUAAACCAGUUUUAGCUCAUUAUGGUUCAAUUAAUAUUGAUCGUACAGAAGAUAAUAAACGACCAUGUGUACAUAUUGAAAAUGAACUUGAAUAUUUACGUGGUAAUGGUGAUAAUUUACAUGGUAGAUCUGUUAUUGAUGUACAUCGUUGGUCAAAAUUACAUUCAUCUGGUGCAUUAAAACGUAAUACUGAUUUAUUACAUAAACAUUCAAUUGGAUAUAUAUUUUCACGUAAAACACGAAAAGUUGCUUUAUCAUUAUUAAGUCCACAAUUAUCAGGAAAUCCAUUAAGUAUUAUUGGUGAAUUAACAAUUGAUCGUGAAAAUCGUAUUGGAAAAUUAAAAUGGCCACAAGAAUUUGGUGUUCAUCUUGAAUUUGGUACACCAUUAACAAAUUUAACUGCAUUUCAUGUCUUCUAUAAUUUACCAAUGUUUAAUAAAGAUUCAGAGACAAGAGUUGAUGGUGCUCUUGGUUUUAAACUUGCUUCACCGAGACUUAUUCCAAUAAGUUUCUAUGUCAAAGGAAAAGGAUCACUUGAUACAACUCUACGUAUUACUAAAUCAAUGAAAGUCGGUGAUGAUAUAGCAUUAAGUACAUCAUUAACAGCUGCAUAUAAUCCUCAAUUAAUAAGUCAAAUUAGUUCAACAACCAGUACAAAAUUUCAUGAUAAAGAAUUUCAAAGUUCAUUUUAUGCUCUAUUUAAACAACAUCAAUUUAUUGUACGAGGUAUGUUAAAUACAACAGAUAAUCAAGAUUAUAAAUAUGAAAUGAAUAUUGGUUUUGAUGAUAAUUUACUUACUGGACAUACACAACGAACUGAUGGUCAACAAACAACUGUAUCAGAUAUUGAUACUAAAAAAUGUACACCAACUGGACAAUAUAAUCGUUGUUAUAAAGGUGAUAUUACUGUUCAAACAGGCAAUAAUGCUGGAAGAAAAGGUACAUUCGAUGUUAGUUGGGGUCUUGGAACAGCUAAAUUAGAUGUUAAAGUACCUGAUCAAGUUGAACUUAAAUUUGAUCAUACACAUACUGGACGUAUACGUGAUGAAGAUUUUAGUUCAAAAACAAUGAUUCAAGGAAAAUCAUUACGAUCAGAUAAUAAAGGUUCAUUUAGUUAUUCCGGUUCCGUUGAAAAAGAUGAUGGUAGAUGGAAUAAUAUACAAGUACAAACAUCAUCAACAGAUAUGAAAACAGGACAAAAAUCAUUAGCAACAAAUAUGCGUUUAAAUCAAAAAAUAACUGAUAAAUUAUCUGGACAAUUUCAACGUAAAAUUGAUGUUAGUCUUGAAAAACAAGGUUUAACUCUUAUUGAUUGGUCAAGUGAAGCAGUUAAUUGUAAAGAUAAUCCAACAAAUGUUCUUUCUGGUAUUUGUGAAACAGCAACAUUUACUACAAAAUUAAGUAAUGUAUUAGCACAACGUCUUCGACAACGUCUUCAAUUACCAACUGAUUCAAAAUUAUCAAAUCCAACUGGUCAAGUUACAUAUGAUGGUACAAUGAAAUUAGAUGUUAAAUUUGAUCCUAAAUUAGGUCCACAUACAUUUACACUUGAUUUAAAUCGUUUGAAAGAAGAUGCUGUUGAUGUUAAUAUGGUUUAUCAACCACGAAAUGAUAAUCAACCAAUGAAUCUUGUUGUUAAAGCUAAUUUUCCACAACAAAAUCCAAUAUCAAUUAAAUAUGAUGAAACACGUCGUUCACAAACAAAUUAUCGUGGUGUAUUAAAAUAUUCAUUUAAUGCAAAUGAUAAUUCAGCUGAAAAAACUUAUCAAUGUGAUGUUGAUCGACCAGAUCCAAUGGAUGUUUCAGUUAAUUGUCAAGGUGAACGAACAAAAUUAACAAUUGAUAUUGAUCGUAAAGCAGGAAAAUCAAAAGUUUAUGUUGAUUUAAAUCGAUUUCAAGGUGAACGUAUUGGAUAUGAAGGUGUACUUAAUCCACAAACAAAUGAACUUGAUGCUACAUUAUAUACAUUAGUUACAUCAUGGAAUGUUAAACGACAACCAGGAAAAUCAACUGUUAUUACUGUUAAACAAAAAAAUAAAGAAGUUUUACGUGUUGAAGGUACAAAAGUUAAUAAUCAAGAAAUUCAAAUUAAAUUUUCACCAGCUAAUGUUAAUCUCAAAUUUGAAUGGGAUAAUACAACAGUAGUUACACUUAAACAAACAGCACCAUUACAACGUGAUCUUUUAUCAAUAACUGUUGAUCGUGCAAGAAUUCGUCAUUAUUUACCAUCAUUACGUAAUCAAAAUCGACCAUCAUAUGAUAUUGAUCGACCAUUUGUAAAAUCACAAAAAUCAUUAGUUGAAAUAGCUUUGGAUUCUAAUAUAUUUCUUUCACUUUCACAAGCACUUGAUAAAAUAGGUUCACAUAAUGGUUUAUAUGGUUUAGAUACAAUUAAAAAAUCAUUUAAAUUACAAAUAGGUGAUGCACCAUUAACAAUUUAUAAUGUUCAACAUUGGAAAACACAUGAAGAAAAUAGUCAAUUACCAGAAAGUUAUUCUUUACGUAUUGUUAAUAAUGCUAAUGCAAAUUUAGUACAAUUAACAACAAAUAAAUGGAAUGAAGUUCGUUUAAUAUCAAAACUAAGUCAUUCAUUUGAUGGUGGAAAAACUUUAACAACUGAUUUAAAACUUGAUAGAAAUUAUGCACAUCAAGUUGGUUCAGUUUAUUUUUAUCAUAGUUUUGGUUAUCGAAAUGUUGAAGGAGUUAAACAACUUCGAAAUUUUACACGAAAUUUUGUUCGUGGACAUAUAUUACAAGAUUUAGAUAAAUCAAAUCUUGCUGGAUUAAUGAGAAGUUUUCGUUUACGUUUACGAUCAAUUUUGGAUGUAGAUUAUAAUGCUGUUAAAGAAAUUGUUACAGCAUGGAAUCAAGAACCAGAAAAGAGUUUUCUUCGACAAUGGUCUACUCGUCUUGGUUUAUCAGAAUUCUUUGCUAAAUAUCCAACAUAUGCUGAUGCAUCUGAUCGUGUAUAUGCUAUACUUCGUGAACGUGCUAAUGAACGUUCAGAAUUUUGGCGUGGUCGUUUUGAAUCUAUUCUUAAUGAAAAUCGUCUUAAAGAUUUAUCUGAACGUGUUCAAGCUCGUCGUUCAGCACUUAUUAAACGUUUAUUAGAUCGUGCAGAAAAAGUACUCGAUCGUUUAUUACCUAAAGUUGAUCAAGCUGAAAUUGAUAAACGUAUAGUUAAUUAUGUUGGAAAAUUAUUAGCAGCAUUUGAACAAAUAUCUAAACGUGCUACUGAACAAACGAAAGCGACAUUUAAAGCUAUUGAUGAUGCAACUAAAGGUGAAGAUAAUAAAUGGUUUCGUACAUUAGUUGCUGAUAUUGAUUCAGUUGCAUUAGCUGCUGCAGCUGAUGCUGAAAUUACUAAAGCAUUUAAAAAAUUAGGUGAUUCAUCAAAAUUAUUUAUUGGUAAUAUUCAACAAAUAUCACGACGUAUUACAAAACGACGUGAAGCUAUUCGUGAACGUGUUAAAAAUGCUAUUCGACAUAUUCCAAAAGCAUUUCUUAAUAAUACAAAUUUUGAAUUAUUAGUACCCAUUGGUCGUCAACCAGGUAGUUAUGUUGGUACAAGUGAAUUAAUACUUGGUAUUGGUAGUCUUCUUCGAAAUCGUGAUCAAGCAUUUGAUACAAUACGUUCAGUAUUACGAAAUCGUCUUGAAGCACGUUCAGAAACAUAUCAAAAUUAUUAUAAAGCAUUACGUUCACUUGCUAAACGUUUAUUUCAACGUAGUCCAUCAUUAACACCUGAAUUUCAAGCUGUUAUUGCUCAAACUGGUGAUGCUAUUGAUUUACAUGGUCAUUAUGUGUAUUUAAAUCCAGCAUGUGAUUAUUUAUUAGCACAUGAUUUUGCUGAUUUACAAUUUUCAUUUCAAUUUGUUAAUGGUAAAGUUCAAACAGUUAUACCAAAUCAAGGUGAUAUAAAAGAAUAUGAUUGUUCAAAUACUGGUCGUGUUCAAGUUUGUAAUCAUGGAACUUAUUAUACUCUUAAUGUACCUAUGCAUUAUGGUGGUCGUGUUGAUGGUGCACUUGGUGAUGUACGUGAUCGUAGUAAUAAGGAUGAUAAUAAUUUAAGUCGUUGGUCAUUACGACAAUGUUCAGCAGGAACAACUGAUCAAAUGAAAAAAGAUGGACAAACAAUACCAGAAUGUGCUAGUGAUGAUGAUGAUGAACAAACAUUUUGUGAAAAUUUUGUUCUUCGUGGUUUAAAAGCUGGAAAAGAUAAACGAUUAUUACUUGCUCAAGUUUCACAAGCACAAAAAUCAUUCGUAUAA